UUAUCGCCCCUGCUCAUUAUCAGCAUUAUUCCGAGCAGGAGCUGUGACCCUGCAUUAGUACAGCUCAGACCUGUCUGCUAUGCAACUGCCACUAUGAGACACCCAGGAGCAGGGUUCGCAGUUGUCGUUCUUCUUGUAAGUGUCUUCACGUUAAAAGCUCAAGGUUCCGACUCUAGGCAGCUUGACGGAGAAACAGUCUCAGCACCCCUUGAACCAGUUAAAUGUCCAGUGCCUUGUGUGUGCAGUUACGAUUACAAUGAUGAUUACAAUGUAUUCUGUAGUUCAAGGAAUCUCUCCAGAGUUCCGGAGAUGCUACCUGCUCACGUUCGAUUGCUAUGGCUAGAUGGGAACAAUCUCACAACACUGCAGGCUGGAGCCUUUAGAAACCUUUCUCUGCUUGACUUUCUUAACUUGCAGAGCAACCACUUGACCAACUUGGAGCAGCAUGCUCUACAUGGUCUGAAGUCAUUAGCCCAUCUCAACUUGGAAAGGAACACGUUAAAAUUUCUGGCUCCUAAUACCUUCCUCCAUACUCAGAGCUUAGUCACUCUGAGUCUCAACAAUAAUUAUUUCACCAAAAUUGAAGAUGGUCUGUUUUCUGGUCUGUCAAACCUUUGGUACCUUAAUUUAGGUUGGAACUCGUUAGCUGUUUUACCUGGUACAGUAUUCCAUGACCUGCCUAAUCUCAGAGAGCUUGUUUUGGCUGGGAACCGUUUGAUGUAUCUUCAUCCUUCACUCUUCAUGAGUUUAGUGGAAUUGAAGGAGCUAGAUUUGAGCUGGAACUCAAUCAGAGGAGUAAAGGCUGUGUUUUCAAAUCUGCACAAGAUUCAGAAACUCUAUCUCAACCACAACCAGAUUUCAACUAUUGUUCCUACAGCUUUCUUUGGCAUGAAGUCCCUUCGCUGGCUGAAUUUAUCUCAUAACCGCCUGACAAGUCUUAUGGAGGACACAUUUGUUGGCCUGUCAAGCCUUCAUGUCCUACGUCUGUACAAUAACUCUCUAACAAGUCUAAAGCCUCGGAUUUUCAAGGAUCUUCAGUUUUUAGAAGAAUUGACCAUUGGACACAACAAGAUUAAAAUCCUUUUAGAACGGACAUUUGAAGGGCUAGGUCAAUUGGAAUCUCUCUCUUUGAAUCACAAUUUCAUUCAUGAGAUCCGUCUGGGGGCAUUUUCUGGACUUCUAAAUGUAGCGGUAAUGAACCUCUCUGGUAACUGUAUAAAAAUACUUCCAGACCAAUCUUUUAAAGGGCUUGGGAAGCUUCACAUUUUGCACAUGGAAAACAGCUGCAUCACCAAAAUAAAACCACAGAUGUUGUCUGGACUUACCAGUGUCCGAAGACUUUUCCUACAACGAAAUGAUAUAUCAGCUAUUGAUGACCAGAGCUUCCUAGAACUGCAGAACCUUCUAGAGCUGGAUCUCAGAUUCAAUAAAUUGACUCAACUAUCAGCACGAUCUCUUACUGGCCUAAAUAGCCUUUCUUAUCUCCUUCUAUCCUCCAACCAACUUCAAGCAAUAUCUCCAGAGGCUUUCAGGCCUUCCCAGCAGCUACAAUGGCUUGAUCUGUCGGACAACCAACUCAAAACCCUUGCAGAUGACCUCUUCCUACCGUUACCUCAUCUGAGGUAUCUCAAUCUCCAGAAAAACCUUUUAAAAAGUAUCUCUGUUAACUUUCUCCUCCAUAACUCACCAGUGCAGCAGCUUUGGCUAAGUAACAACCCAUGGGACUGCAGCUGUUCUCUUAAAGAACUGAGAGACUUCUCCAUAAGGAACGCCACCAUUGUUCCACGAGUUGUACAAUCCAUAUCAGAGGGUGAGGACAGCAGUAACCUGAUUUAUACCUACAACAACAUCACCUGUGCCAGCCCACCAGAGGCACUGGGCCAAGACUUGAGAGAUCUGACUGAAGAACACUUUGCUGCCUGCCAAUAGAUCUAAUCAGACACGCAAGGAAAGUAAACACGACCCUAAAAUAACAUUUAUCAAGAAAAUAAUGGAGUACUAGCUUUCAUUUUAUUAAGUAGUUAUAGUUCUUGGCACCAUAGCCUCUGCAGCCAACUAUAGCUGCAAUAGUGCCAGCAUGCCCCUGGCAUGUUGUGUAUCAUACAGUUUUCAAGUAUGUUGACAUGAAGUGGGUGUCCCCAGUGCACAUUAGCCAGGCCUCUUACUCAGUUUAUUGCUAAUGCGGAAGUUACACUUCUGUAAUUAGUAAUAUCAAUUUUGUCCAAAUCUGCACUGGGCAUUCAUUGGUUGAGCAUGUCAGCUGACUGCUCAGCCAAUGACUGACAUCCGACUAUAGACAUAUUUUAUAUUGGUAAUGCAUUAGUGAUUUUCAACCCAGUCUUAGAGGCAUGUAUACAGUCCAGGAUUUAAACAUAUUGCAGUUUCAAUGGGGAUCACGACAAAAAGUACUGCUGGUAUGUUCUGAGCAUUAGGUUAGGAACUAUACAUUGUUUUUUUUUAUCUGUUAAACUAUAGUAACGAAAAAUAUAAAAUAUAUAUUUAAGAUAUUGGAACAGAAUUUGUUGUAUCAAUAUUGUAUUUGUUUCAUUUUGAUUGCUCAUUUUAUUAGUUUUAAUUUUCAAUAAAAAAAACUAUUUGAAAAGAUAUAGGGACAGAAGAAUUUCCACAGUGCUCCACUUUCAUAUGAAUGUAAAGAUUUUUUGAUUGAAAUAUUAACUGUCGGACUAUUUAGAACACGAGAUGUAGUGACGUCUGAAAUCUGCUCUUUUGGCCUACAUUUUAAAACUUGUUUUUUAAUACACUACAAUUAAGACUUUAGCAAAUAAACCAUUAAAGACACCACUUUCUGGCUAAGGACUUUGUUUCUUUAAUC